AUGUCGCUUAAUGUUUCUAGGUAUUUGUAUACGGGAAUUGUAGAUUAUGAUCAACACCACAAGGAAGUAAUUUUGCAAUUCUUAGUUGCGGCUGAUGAAUUGGGAUUGAGCAAUUUGAUUCAACACAUCCAGGAUUAUUUAAUCGAUGAUGAAGAAUAUUUGCAUAAAGACCCUGUUGUCCCACUUGAAGUCAUUUACCAACAUGAAACAUUUGAAAAUCUGAAAGAUUAUUGCCUUGAAAUAAUUAGCGCAGAACCGAAAAUCCUCUUUACAUCUCAAAAAUUUACAUCUUUGGAAAAACCAAUUAUUACGAUGGUGCUUCAAAGAGAUGAUCUUAAGAUGAAAGAAAUUGAGAUAUGGGAAUCUUUUCUUCGAUGGCUUUUUGUUCACAACCUGAAAAGUGAUGAUGAAUCUACGUGGUCCUCGGAAACUUCAACAGAUAUUAAACAGAUUGUGCAAGAAUAUACUCCGUUAAUCAGAUUCUAUGAUAUCUCCAAGGAAGACUUUUUCUUAAAAGUAUAUCCGUAUAGAAAUUUCUUGCCUCAAGAUUUGGAAUCCUAA